AUGACCGCCCCAAUCAACACACCGGCGACCUCGACGGCAAAGGAUGCUGCUUCCGCGAGGAAGCGCAGGAGAAGGGCUCCCGCUGGUGGAGCGGCGGAUGACUGCUUCACUUGCGCCAAGCGGAAUGUCAAGUGCGACAGGAGGAGGCCUUAUUGCUCGCAAUGCUUGGAGAUUGGCAACGAAUGCUCUGGUUACAAGACUCAACUAACAUGGGGCGUCGGCGUGGCGAGCCGGGGCAAGUUGCGCGGCUUGUCGCUGCCCAUUGCGAAGGCGCCGCCCGUGAGUUCAGGAAAGGCGAAGUCGGCGGCGACGGUGCGGGCCCGGACUGGAUCUGUCGCCUCGACUGGACAAUGGCCAGCGGAGCAGGAUGACCGAGUGAUCAGGGAAGAGGUGGAAGUGAAGAUGGAAAUGGGCCACAGGCGGAACCCAUCGGUAUCACAGCCCACGCCUCACUUUCACCCUUACGACAUGACACACCUAUCCCCAACCGAAACGGCGCCGCCAGGCUGGACUCACAUUCCUUUCUCAUCAAGCAUGACCGCGAACGAUGCAUCGAGAUUUCCACGGCCCCUGCACAUCCCGAUCUCGUCUCCCGGGGACAUGAUGCAGCGAGAAAUGAUCCAGACACCAAUCGACUCGAUGAGCGACGUGGACUACAUGUCGCCUCUCGGCCACUCGUUUCCGAGGGAAGACGUCCCGACCUUCAUCCAUAGCCCGAUCGUCUACGAGGGCUUCCCCAGCCAUGCGUCUCCCGUUCCCCAAAGCCCGGUGGCGGGCAUGAUGAUCGAGCACUCGCGGGCACCGGCUCCGUGUCCCAGCCUCGUCUACACGCCAUCAGAACCCGCGUCGAGUCUCCACUCUCAUCUUUCUCAUGUUGAUAGCAUGGAGGUGCAGUUGAGCCGCAAGAUGCCUCAGGACUGCGAUGUCCUGGUCCCUGGCACCCCAGACCUGGACGCGUACAGCUCCAGUGUUCAGUCACACGGUCCUUUCUGGACUUCUUCAAAUGCGGAUGAUGAGUCUGUGUCGCAGAGCGUCCCCGACAGAAACCCAGCACCAUGGCCAGGGUCGUUCCCAUCACAGUCCCCUUCACCAGUCCUGCAGGUUAGCUCGGACCUGAUUACCAAAAUGCCAUUCUUUAUGGACUACUACGAGAAGACCAUGUGUCCCAGCAUGGUAUUCAUCGACGGCCCCAACAACCCCUUCCGGGAACAAAUCCUCCGGCUCGGAACCAGCAGCAGAAGCUUACAACACGCCAUCUGCGCGCUCGCAGCAUGCAACCUGAGAAUGAAGAGGAGGCUUAGCCGUGGCGGCCACCAUGGCAGGGAUGCUGGCGAGAGACAAUUGGACAUGAGCCCGAUCGACAGCGGAUCCGGCGUGCAGCCCAGCGACCAGUCCCUUGCUGAGGAGUAUCAGCACCGGAAUCUAGCCGUCCGCCUACUCAACGAACAGCUCAACGACGCCGAGAAGUCCAUGCACGAUUCUGUGCUCGCCACCAUUCUUCUGUUAUGUCACUACCGGAUGGCCGAAUCGGGCGUAGCAAAGUUCCAAACGCAGUUCGCAGGCGUGAGAAAGAUUUUGGGGCUACGGAGGAUGUCACCGUACCCGGCAUCGAGGGACUCGGGAUGGAUGGAAGCCUUAUUCACCUACUUCGACUCGAUAUCCGCAAGCGUCAACGACAGAGAACCGCAGCUCACCACCUCCUUUUACGGUGUCCCACCCGAUACGCAAUUAUUACCUCCAGGGGCCGAGAACCUGGUCGGUUGCGACCGCGAACUAUUCAAAACGAUCAGCAAGCUUGGCCGGCUGAAUCUCCUAUCACAACACCGGCCAGUACAACAACUCCUCGCCUCCUCACCACUACCUCGCAUCACCACCUCCCGAUCAGAAUCCCCCCUCGACGCCCCAUUCAAGCCCCCUCCCCUCCACACCAGCUCAGACCACCACAGCAUCUUCGGGGGCCUACCCCACCCCGUCAACAGCAGCGUGCGAUUCGACGGCAACGGCUUCACCACCCCCAACAUCGAAGACGACGACAUGAUGAACCCGACCCAUCUGCAGUCCCCAACCGCCUACGACGACCCCCGCAGCAUGUUCUGGCGCGAGUGGAAAGAAGCGCGGCAGGCCCUCCAAAGCUGGGAAUUCGACGCGGGCCGCGUGCGCGCCUCCCUAACCGCACCGUCACAGUCGUCGCCCUCCUCGCCGUCGCCGGUCGGGUCCUCGUCCCUCCUCACGGCGGCGCCUCCGACAAGUGGGCAGGUGCGGGACCUCGGCUCGCUCAGCGAGGCGUUCCGCUACGCGGCGCUGCUGUACACGGAGCGGCUCGCCAGCCCCAACGUGCCGUCCAACCACAACAACUUCCGCAACCUCGUCAGCCAGGUCGUCUACUACGCCACCAGCCUCGAGUCCGGCAGCGCCGCCGAGAAGUUCUUGCUCUGGCCCCCUGUUUGUCGCCGGCAGCGAGUGCGUCAACGAGCUGCAGCAGGGCAUCGUCCGCUCCAAGUGCAGGGAGAUCAUGGCCCGCAGCGGCUACAUGAAUAA